UUUGAAGCGUUCCUACACGAUUACUAGGUCUGUUCUGUCAAACUAAGAUGUUCAUGUCAAAAUUAAAUCCACAUUUCCGAAGGCGCCUGAGCAGUGUCGUUUGAACGUUAGUAUACAGAGAAUUUACGUCAAAAGAAUCCAUGAAACAACCCCUAACUUGCGAAAUGGUGUACGAGGUGCUAGCACCGUAGCCUUACACGCUGAAUGGCACUCGGGACGUAUCUUGGGACAGUGCAGACCAGUAAAACCACGAAAGAACAACUACGGGUUUUCCAUUGCCUGGUUAGCAAAACAGCAGAACUGCGAUCCAUUCAAACCAUGGAUAAGAAGAGGCGAACCAGGCGAUACAAUUCCACCUCAGUCGGGCCUUGGUAUUUAUGAACAAGUGUCAAGACUUGGAAAAAGAGCUCUCAGUUCGUUCGACACGCUUGGAGGUAUCGGACUGGGAAAACGAUUCACGUUCGUUAAGAGAGGACUUAGCGGUUUCGACACCCUUGGGGGAACUGGCCUCGGAAAGAGAAGCGACUUACUCAAGAAAUCUUUGAGUAGUUUUGACACUCUGGCUGGUACAGGUCUUGGAAAAAGAAGUAAUCUCUUCACAAGGGUGAGUUGGACGAAAUAUCGUUUGAACGCUGCCAUUCGGCAUAAGCAAUCUCUGAAAUAUGAUUAG